UUAGCACCAAAAUCGGACUCUUUGGCGGCAUGGAGGAGCUGCAGCAAUUGGAGUACCUCUCGCUGGUCUCAAAGAUCUGCACAGAGCUAGACAACCAUCUGGGCAUUAACGACAAAGACCUCGCCGAGUUUAUCAUCGAUUUGGAGAACAAGAACCGCUCGUACGACUCAUUUCGCAAGGCCCUGCUGGAGAAUGGCGCCGAGUUUCCCGACUCCCUGGUCCAGAAUCUCCAGCGCAUCAUCAAUCUGAUGCGUCCCAGUCGUCCUGGUGGAGCCAGCGAGGAAAAAAGCUUCUCCAGCGGUGGGAAGGAGGACAAGAAGUCACAGCUGAUGAAAUUAUUUCCCGGCCUGGCUUUGCCCAAUGAUAAGUACAGCAAGAAGGAGGACAGCGACGAGGACGAGAAGGAAACAAAGGAGAAGAAAGAUGUUAAAGAGAAGACUGGGACCCACAAGAAGUCCGACAUGAGCGACGUGGAUGCUGCCAUGCUGGAGCUGGAAGCUCUGUGUCCUGGAGAAGGUAAGGCAGAGGUGAAACAGUCAAAGGAAACCAGUUCCAGGGAUCGUCACAAGCGCAAAGAACGCAGCAGGAGCAGGGAUCGGGAGAGAGACAGAGACACCCGCCAUCGCAGCAGAUCACGAGAAAAUCGGGACAGGGUUCGCCGCCGGAGCAGAUCACGUGAAGAUCGGGACAGGGAUCGGCGCCGAAGCAGAUCACGGGACAAAGAUAGCCGCCGUCGUGAAAAUCGGCGCAGGAGCAGGUCUCGGGAGGACCUCGAUCGCGAAAGGGACCGUCGUCGCCGUCGAUCGAGUUCCCGUGACCGUCACGAACGUCGACGACGAAGCCGCUCUCGGUCCGGCGGGCGCAGGGAUCGUAGAGAUCGUUCCCGAGACCAGGAUCGUGGCGAAAAGAUGCCCCCGCCCGCAUCAGCUGCCGCAAUGACUGACGACCCCGAGGCUGGAAAGAUCUACUCCGGCAAAGUGGCCAACAUCGUUCCCUUCGGCUGCUUUGUGCAGCUCUUCGGGCUUCGCAAGCGCUGGGAGGGAUUAGUGCACAUCUCACAGCUGCGAGCAGAAGGUCGAGUCACCGAUGUAACAGAAGUGGUUAGCCGGAAUCAAACGGUCAAGGUGAAGGUGAUGUCCGUAACUGGGCAGAAGGUAUCGCUGUCUAUGAAGGAGGCGGAUCAAGAGACCGGAAGGGACCUUAAUCCGCUGUCACAUGCCCCAGAGGAUGAUGAUUCACUGAGGGAUCGCAACCCCGAUGGACCCUUCAGUAGCAGCACUUCGAUGUUAAAUCUGCAAGGCAACGGCCUAGAUGGUGAUGAACACGAGUCCAGGAAGCGUGUGACCAGGAUCUCUAGCCCCGAGCGUUGGGAAAUCAAACAAAUGAUCAGCUCUGGUGUGCUGGACAGAAGCGAGAUGCCAGAUUUCGACGAGGAAACUGGUUUGCUGCCAAAAGAUGAGGACGAUGAGGCGGAUAUCGAAAUUGAGAUUGUGGAAGAGGAGCCGCCCUUCCUCUCUGGCCAUGGCAGAGCCCUGCAUGACCUGUCGCCAGUCAGAAUCGUGAAAAAUCCCGACGGUUCCCUUGCUCAAGCAGCCAUGAUGCAGUCAGCCCUAUCCAAGGAGCGUCGUGAGCAGAAGAUGCUGCAGCGAGAGCAAGAGAUGGAGGCCCUGCCAACCAGCCUUAACAAGAACUGGAUAGAUCCCCUGCCCGAGGAGGACAGCUCUCGCAGUCUAGCCGCCAAUAUGCGAGGAAUGGGAGCGGCUCCGGCUGAGGUUCCCGAGUGGAAAAAGCAUGUGAUUGGCGGCAAGAAGUCCUCGUUCGGUAAGAAGACCGAUCUUACGCUGGUGGAACAGCGCCAGUCCCUGCCCAUUUACAAGCUACGCGAUGAUUUGAUCAAGGCGGUUACCGACAAUCAAAUCCUUAUCGUUAUUGGAGAAACAGGAUCCGGCAAGACCACUCAGAUAACGCAGUACCUGGGAGAGUGUGGUUUCACGGCCAGAGGAAAGAUUGGAUGCACUCAGCCCAGGCGAGUGGCAGCCAUGUCUGUGGCCAAACGUGUGGCAGAAGAAUAUGGUUGUCGUCUGGGCCAGGAGGUGGGCUACACCAUCCGUUUUGAGGACUGUACCAGCCCCGAGACCAUCGUCAAAUACAUGACGGACGGUAUGUUGCUUCGUGAAUGCCUGAUGGAGGCGGAACUCAAGAGCUAUUCGGUGAUUAUGUUGGACGAAGCCCAUGAGCGGACGAUCCACACGGAUGUGCUGUUUGGUCUGCUGAAAACAGCCGUACAGAAGCGACCGGAAUUGAAACUCAUUGUUACAUCUGCCACGUUGGAUGCGGUGAAGUUCUCGCAGUACUUCUUCAAGGCGCCCAUUUUCACCAUUCCCGGCAGGACAUUCCCCGUCGAGGUUUUGUACACAAAGGAGCCGGAGACUGACUAUCUGGACGCCUCGCUCAUCACCGUCAUGCAGAUUCAUCUGCGUGAGCCACCCGGCGACAUUCUGCUGUUCCUUACCGGUCAGGAGGAGAUCGAUACUGCCUGUGAGAUUCUUUAUGAGCGCAUGAAGAGCUUGGGUCCCGAUGUACCAGAGCUAAUCAUUCUGCCGGUGUACUCUGCCCUGCCCUCCGAGAUGCAGACGCGUAUCUUUGACCCAGCGCCAGCGGGAAGCCGCAAGGUUGUCAUAGCCACUAAUAUCGCAGAGACUUCCCUCACCAUUGAUGGCAUAUUCUAUGUGGUAGAUCCCGGUUUCGUGAAGCAGAAGGUGUAUAACUCAAAGACUGGAAUGGACUCAUUGGUGGUCACACCAAUUUCGCAGGCAGCUGCAAAGCAGAGAGCUGGCAGAGCCGGGCGUACGGGUCCUGGAAAGUGCUAUCGUCUCUACACAGAGCGUGCCUAUCGGGAUGAAAUGUUGCCCACGCCAGUGCCGGAGAUUCAACGUACCAAUUUGGCCACUACAGUGCUGCAGCUUAAGACCAUGGGAAUUAACGAUCUGCUGCACUUUGAUUUCAUGGACGCGCCUCCAGUUGAGUCACUAGUAAUGGCGCUGGAGCAACUACACUCUCUGUCGGCCCUUGACGAUGAAGGUCUGCUAACGCGUCUGGGCAGACGAAUGGCCGAGUUCCCCCUGGAGCCGAAUCUCUCCAAAAUGCUGAUUAUGUCGGUGGCCUUGCAGUGCUCCGAUGAGAUCCUCACCAUCGUGUCGAUGCUUAGUGUGCAGAAUGUGUUCUACAGGCCCAAGGAUAAACAGGCGCUAGCGGAUCAAAAGAAGGCCAAGUUUAACCAAGCUGAAGGCGAUCAUCUAACCCUGCUGGCGGUGUACAAUAGCUGGAAGAACAACAAAUUCUCGAAUGCCUGGUGCUACGAGAACUUUGUGCAAAUCCGAACCCUCAAGCGGAGCCAGGAUGUGAGAAAGCAGCUGCUGGGCAUCAUGGACAGGCACAAAUUGGACGUGGUGUCAGCUGGAAAGAACUCGGUCCGCAUUCAGAAGGCCAUCUGCUCAGGCUUCUUUAGGAAUGCGGCCAAGAAAGAUCCUCAGGAGGGUUACCGAACCCUAGUAGACUCACAGGUGGUCUACAUCCAUCCGUCGAGUGCUCUCUUCAACCGUCAACCGGAGUGGGUCAUCUACCAUGAACUGGUGCAGACUACCAAGGAGUAUAUGCGCGAGGUGACCACCAUUGAUCCCAAAUGGCUGGUGGAGUUUGCUCCUUCAUUCUUUCGCUUCUCGGAUCCCACGAAGCUCAGUAAAUUCAAGAAGAACCAGCGCCUGGAGCCGCUGUACAACAAAUACGAAGAGCCCAAUGCAUGGCGUAUUUCACGCGUUCGACGGCGUCGCAAUUAAUGGACGAACAACCCUUUACGAUUGUAAUUUUUUGUAUUUUAAACGCUUAGAAAUAUAUUUUAA